AUGCCAGAAGCAACAGCCAUCAUGAGUACCAUGCGUGGCCUCACCGAGGCCGAGGCGAACCACAUCAUUGCCAUCGAGCAAGGUUGCUCGGCCAUCUCACUGUUGGGGUGUCUUUUCGUCCUCGUCACCUUCUCCGUCUCUGAUGCCUUCCGCCAACGCGCCGUCAACCGCAUGGUCUUCUACGCUACCUUUGGCAACAUGUUGACGAAUGUCGCCACCCUCAUGACGAGAACAUAUGUCGGCGACGAGAACUCGUUUGGAUGUCAGCUCCAAGGCUUCUUGAUUCAAGUAUUUAUGCAAGGCGAUGCGUACUGGGCUUUGGCCAUGGCCAUUAAUGUGUGGCUCACAUUCUACCACAAAUAUGACCAAAGAAUGUUGAGAAGGAUGGAGAUCGCCUACUUUGUCUGUUGCUACGGUGUGCCAUUCAUUCCGGGAUUCACAUUCAUCUUUGCCUCAAACCAAAACGGGAGGCCAUACGGCAAUGCCGUCUUAUGGUGCUGGCUGAGGCCCGAAUGGGAGAUCUACAGAAUUGCGCUGUUUUACGGGCCUGUGUGGCUUUCCAUCGUCGUCACAAUGUUUAUUUACUUGCGGGCUGGGCGCGAAAUCUACCAGAAGCGACGAAAGAUGCUCAACUUCAGCUCCUCCAAUGGCACUGGCACAGUGGUAGGAAGCGAGCCGUUCUCACCUGUUGCAAACGAGUUCUCCACCGCCUUCAACUUCAAGACCACGGAGGUCACCCAAACCACCGAGAUUAUUCAGCCACCUGCCCCCCUCGCAGCCGCUCACUCAAGAACAAAGCCACCAGGUGCCCCUGCCGGGGCUCAGGUCAAAGACCCCAACUUCUCUUACUCUGUCAACAUUUCCGCCGAUCCCUCUGCCAACACACGUGUCUCCCUCGACGACGAUGACCUCGAAGCCGCCGAAAGCCCAACCACAUUGACGUCAACGAUGAGCAGCACCCAAAAGGCCAAGCAUGCCCGUGUGAUGAGCAGCGGUGGUUUCCAGUCCACACAGAUCUCCACCGGCAACUCCCCCAACCUUCACGCCCGCCGGCGCAACAUGGAGAAUAACAACGCGACCUGGUCAUACGCCAAGUGCUCCAUUCUCUUCUUCAGCGUCCUCCUCAUCACAUGGAUCCCUUCCUCCGGAAAUCGUGUCUACAGCAUGGUCCACCGCGGCGAGGUCUCCAAGCCGCUCUUCUUUGCCUCGGCUUUUGUGCUACCACUUCAGGGAUUUUGGAACGCCAUCAUUUACAUGGUCACAUCGUGGGCGGCGUGCAAGUCCCUCUGGGCUGCCAUUAUGCUCAGCCUCCCCGGCUGCUGCUCUGGGAGGAGCAGACGGAUGAGCGUGGUCGAGAUCACCGACGGCAAGCCGCAUCAUCAUACGCUUCGACGGGAUCAGGGGUAUUCCGGGCGGCAGUCGACAGUUGGGAAGUGGGUUGGGAGCAAGAGCCUGCAGGAGGAGAGCACGAGCAUGGAGGAUUUGACGAGGGAGGGGAGGUCACAUGCUGAGCGGACGUCGCCUGUGUAA